CAAGGCCAAAAGCAAAACAAACCGCCCCUCAGAUCUCUCCCCUUUCCCUCAUGCAAAAAGCGAUCCCCCGCAUGGCUUACAUACCGGCAAGCUCCGGCGGCCCCCGGCCACCGGCGGUCGAGGGUCAAGCAGUGCCGGAAGGGAUGGCCGCCACUACGGCGGCGGCGGAGGGCGGCAGCGGCGUCGGGAGGGCGGUGGCAGAGAAUGCGGUGAUUGUGAUCGGGCGGCGCGGGUGUUGCAUGUGCCACGUGGCGGAGAGGCUCUUGCUGGGGCUCGGGGUGAACCCUGCGGUGUACGAGGUCGACGACGUGGACGAGGGUGUCGUGGUCAAGGAGCUGAUGAGCAUGAUCAGGAUCGACGGCAAGGACGGCAAGGGCAGCGAGGGCGGCGAUAACGACCAGAAGUUGCAGUUUCCGGCGGUCUUCAUCGGCGGGAGGUUGUUCGGAGGGCUCGAGAAGGUGAUGGCCACUCAUAUCUCCGGCGAGCUGGUGCCCAUCUUGAGAGAAGCUGGGGCCUUAUGGCUUUGAAGCAUAUUUGUACAUACUACUAAUCUCAUCUUUCUAGAAAAGUUUCUUGAUCGAUGAAUUUGAAUUUAUGAUUGGUGUGAAAUAAGACCACAUAAGUAUUUGUCCUC